CCGAAGGAAGCAGACCCCCCGGCCCGCCGACUUCAAGCUGCAGGUCAUCAUCAUCGGCUCCCGCGGCGUGGGCAAGACCAGCUUGAUGGAGCGCUUCACCGACGACACCUUCUGCGAGGCCUGCAAGUCCACCGUGGGUGUUGACUUCAAAAUCAAAACUGUAGAGCUAAGGGGAAAGAAAAUUAGAUUACAGAUCUGGGACACAGCCGGUCAAGAAAGAUUCAACAGCAUUACCUCAGCUUAUUACAGAAGUGCCAAGGGGAUCAUAUUAGUAUAUGACAUCACCAAGAAGGAGACAUUUGAUGAUUUGCCUAAAUGGAUGAAAAUGAUUGAUAAGUAUGCUUCAGAAGAUGCAGAACUUCUCUUAGUGGGAAAUAAGUUGGACUGUGAAACUGACAGAGAAAUUACCAGACAACAAGGUGAAAAGUUUGCACAGCAGAUAACUGGGAUGCGGUUCUGUGAAGCAAGUGCCAAGGAUAAUUUCAAUGUGGAUGAAAUAUUUCUGAAACUUGUUGAUGACAUUCUGAAAAAGAUGCCUCUGGAUAUUUUAAGGAACGAGCUGUCCAACAGUAUCCUCUCAUUACAACCAGAACCUGAGAUUCCACCAGAACUGCCUCCCCCAAGACCACACAUCCGAUGCUGUUGAUGCCCCACUUAGGAGAUGCAUUCAAACAAUUCCUGGGGCAGGGAAAGUGUUCUAUUCUGCACUGCAAUCAUUCUGACAAUUUCUUUCGCACUUUGUAAUCCGAUUCAGAGCUAUACACUAACUUGUAAAUAUGCAAAUAAACAAUCCUGGUAAGGUUUGGCUAUAAUUACAUAGUUCCCUCCAAAUUACCCAUUUCCAUUCAUUACCCCGGUGUCUAAUGUACAGACACUGGGAAACAUAGUACUUCUAAUCUGAAGAAUGGGAAAAAUGAGAGGUAUGUUUCUUGAAAUAAAUAUAAUUGUUCUUGUUAGUUAUCUAUAUGAAGACAGAAGAUAUUCUGAUAAGAGAGAAGGCGGUGCUUUGCUUACUGGUUUAAAGAAAAUUUGGAAAACUAAGGACUUUCAUGCGGAAAGCUAUCUUAAGUUGCUUUUUCUUUAUUUACAAGACAUUUUUUUCCAAAGCUCUAGCAUUUCUGAAGUAUUGGGAGUGUUUCUGCGCAAAGCAAAACUGCAUUAUAGUCAUCAUUGAUUAUUUAUUAGUGCUGUGUACGGUAGGUAUUAGAGUUACAGACUCUGAGGCUGCACAGUCACCAUCAUAGUUCCCGAUGAUGUACCCGUACUUUUAAGAGCUACAAAGAUUCAAUAAACAAAGCAUUUUUUUUUCAAUUGCAGAAGAAGAUUUUAAAAACGCUGCUGUCCUAAACAAAUCCUGUUUAAAGGAAUUUUAAAGAGAUACAUUUUACUAUAUCAAAGAACAUACAUGUAUUUGCUUAAACGUGUACCUUUGUAAUGGUACAUUUUUUCCCCCUUAUGUUGGAGCUUAUUCCUAUUAAGCCUAUACUGUGUCCUCCCUUCCUUUUUUUUUUUGUGGUGGUGGGGGGUCUGAUAAUGAAUUUGUGAACUCUAUCUUUGGUAUAUCUUUCAGACUUCACUGUUUUGUUUAGUCAAAGUAAACAGGUAAUUAUGUAUUUGAAUAACUUGGCGUGUCUUGAAUGUUGUGGUAUUGAAAAGCAUUGUGGUCUUUCUAUACUAAUGAAGUGCAAAUAAAAUUUUGUAUUUAUGAA